CUGGAAAUGUCGAAAAUCAAUGGGCAGAGUGGGUGCUUUUAGGGUGGAAACUCAACCCACCACCAACUGCAACAUAUCAACAGUUAUUAUCAAAAAGUUUCUAUCAACAGUUGCCAUUCUAGAACAUCACAUCAUAUCCAUGGGACCUCUAUUAAACUUAGUGGAAAAAACUUACAGGAAGAGAAGGCUUUGUAUAGUGGAGGGUUUUCAAUAAUAAAAAAAACUGACAAAAGCCGUUGAUCAUCUUUUCUUCUUCUUUCCCCUUUUCCUUUCUAUUUUUUUCCGUCUGCUUGGCGAUCGUUAACGAAGCCAAUUGUUUGUUCAUUUCGUCGCGGAGAUCUGAGCUCCUGAAUUCAGGAAGCCAUCUCUAACUUAUCGCCUGAAGCAAAUGAGUUCAUCGUCGGAUCCAAAGUUUAGCCGAGAAAGAAAUAUUCAUCAAAUUCUUGGAGAAGGUUUAGUUGCAGAUGUAGUACUAUGGAGGCAAACCAACAUCUCGGCGGGGAUAUUACUAGUAACAGUAGCUUCAUGGGGGGUUUUUGAGAUCUCUGGCUACACUCUUCUCUCGCUUGUUUCUAGUGUGCUUCUCCUCCUUCUGAGCAUUCUAUUUCUCUGGGCCAAAUCAGCUUCAAUUCUCAAAAGACCUCCUCCACCUCUACCAAAAUUGCAGCUCUCCGAAGAAAUAAUGAAUCAAGCUGUAACUUUGAUCAGAACCCAUGUGAAUGAGUUGCUUGCUGUUUCUCAGAACAUUGCCCUAGGGAAAGACACAAAGCUCUUCUUCAAAGUGGUUGCAUGUCUCUUGCUAAUAUCGGUUGUUGGUGGUAGGAUUGAUUUUCUCACUUUGGGCUAUACUAGUCUGCUGAUGAUUUUGACCGUCCCAGUAUUGUACGAGAUAUAUGCGGAUGAUGUUGAUAGAUACAUUAAGAUGACUAAAUACAAGUUACAGAAGCUGUAUAACAAAAUUGAUGUGGAGGUUAUUGGUAGAGUGAAAAAAUGUAUAUUGGAUAAGCAGAAACUAAGUUGAUUCCUUCCAUUUUAGUUCCUUUUUCAUUUCUUUUCCAAUUUGGCUGUGUCCUCCAAGGUGCUGAGUGAUUAAUGAAUAGGGGCGCUUUUGUGGAGCUUUGCUAAUUCUUUUUUAUUUUUAUUUUAUGAAAUGGUGUUGUAUCAU